ACCACCAGCAAUAUCCCAUAUCCUAUAUUCUUCAGUCACGACAAUGGAACUCCCUCUCAACGGCCGAGUGGCGAUAGUCACGGGCUCAUCCCGUGGCAUCGGCCGUGCCAUCGCCAUCCAUCUCUCCUCCCUCGGCGCCAACCUCGUCGUCAAUUACGUCACCAACUCAACCCAAGCAGAUCUCCUCGUGUCCGAACUCAGUUCAAAUUCGAGUACUCUCCGAGCCAUUGCAGUCCAAGCUGACGUAUCCGAUCCAUCAGGGCCCAAAACCCUGUUUGACCGCGCGGAAGAAGCGUUCGGUUCUCCAGUACACAUCUUCGUCAACUCUGCAGGCAUCACGGACUCCAAGAACCAGACCAUCUCUUCCAUGCCUUUGGAAGAGUUUGAUGCCAUUUUCAAUGUAAAUGCACGUGGCGCCUUCCUCUGUUGUCAAGAAGCUGCUAAUAGAAUCGUUCGGGGUGGUGGCGGGCGAAUUGUUAUGAUAACGACGUGUCUGGUUGAAAUGCUAGUGCCCAAAUAUGGAGCGUAUACGGCGUCAAAGGCGGCGGCGCAGACAAUGGCGAGGGUACUGGCGAAGGAGCUCAAGGGGACGAGGAUCACUGUGAACUGUGUUGCGCCUGGGGCGAUCGCGACUGACAUGUUCUUUGAGGGGAGGACAGAGGAGGAUAUCAGGAGGGUAGCAGGUAUGAACGCAAUGGGGAGGCUUGGGGAGACUAAGGAUGUGGUGCCGGUGGUUGGAUUUCUUUGUGGGGAUGAAGCGGAAUGGGUUAAUGGCCAGGUGAUUCAGGCUACUGGUGGGCGUGUUUGAUUAGCAUGGAGUUUUUUUUUGGGUGCAUUGUGGAUAGACACCCUGCAGUUUCACUGAUUUGAACUUACUACCGCUCUAGUUUUAUUUUCGCAGAAAGCCCCCCUGAAUGAAACUUUUGUACGUGACUCUUUUACCUGAAGAGGUCUACAUGUCGAGAAACAAAAUUCGCCCAGGGAGUCUUAUCUGCAAACAUACAACUAAGAGUAGUAAGUUCAAAGUAAGGAUACUACAGGAGGUCUAUCGACAGUUAGCCCUUUUAUCCACUUAGGUUUCUGUUGUGUUGGGUGAUUUUGUGUUGAAUGAUAUGUCGGAGACAUAAUGUGGAGGAAUAAAGUAUAUGAUGUGACGCUAGUUUUUGGUAGUCUAAAAUUUUAUUGACG